UGAAGGUACGAUAGGGUACGAUAUUAGGUACGAUGUGUGCCUGCUAUUGGGAACAAAUUGUUGGGUUGUUAUAUUCCGAUGGUGUACGAUGUGUGGUACGAUGGUGCACGAUAAUUUUAUAGUUCCUGUUUUUAUUAUUUUUUCAGUGGUGUCCGGUAUGGUGCGAUAGUGUCCGAUAGUUGCUCGAUAGUAGAUUGCAGAAUAAAAAUUUGAUGUUUUUUUUGUUAUUCUAUUUAAUUGGGUAUUUAUUUGUUUUAUGCAGAAUUUAAGACCUCCACAACUGAUAGUUCCAGUAGAAGAACAUUUUACACGACGUAUCACUUGGCGCGGUAGUUGGUACUUUCCAAAGAUUAAAGCAUAAUUUAUACAGUGUGGUUUAUUGGAUAGGGUGAAGGAAUCCCCUUUCAAACAGUUCUUCGUGGCAGAACCAUUAAAUUUUUCUGGUGCCUUAGUCCAUCAGCUGUUGUUGCACAAAUUCAGAGGGGAGAAGACUGACGAAGUCCAGUUUUAUAUUGGGAAAAAAUGAUGUAGAUUUAGCCAAUUGGAGUUCGCUUUAGUUACUGGUUUAAAUUUCGAGGCCAGACCGUCUGAAGCUGAGAUUAAAGCGAAGACCACUUCGGAUCGGUUGAUUCUUGAGUACUUCAAUGGUCAUUCCCCAGUGAGCAUAAGGCAACUGCGCAGAACUUUUGAGAGUUAUCAAAUAGUUGAUGAUGUGUACAAGAUGAGUUUGUGUUUAUUAGUAGAGGGUGUUUUGAAAGGUCGUGAGGAGAAGUUGAUGGUUUGGACUGACAUGCUGAAGAUGGUAGAUGACGUUGACUUCUUUUUCCAGUACCCGUGGGGGAAGAUAUCAUACCAGAAGUUGUUACAAACUUGUCAAAAAGACUUUGUAGAAAUGAAGAAGCAUUUACAGAAGAAGAUUGAGAAAGGAAAGACUCAGAAGGAGCCCAAGUACUCUAUUUAUGGGUAUGCUGCAGCAUUGCAGUAUUGGGCUUUUGAGUCCAACAUUGAGUUGGGUCAGGAUUAUGCUGUGAGAUUGGGCCAAGGCAUUCCAAGAAUGAUCAACUGGCAGAGCAAGGAGAAAGUAGAGAUACACAAAGAGCAAAUUAUUAAAUUGUUUGCCAAAAAGUUGACAGUAUACCCCUACCUGUGUGCCCGACCUACUGAAGAACAGUAUGUGAGGACCCUUACAGACAAUGAAGCCCCAUUGUAUGUGGACAUGGGGUUAGAGGAACUAGAGGUGGGUGCCGAUGGACAGCCUACACAGGAAGCCUUACAGAGGCAGGCUGAAAAGCUUGCUGAAAAGUUAGCUGAGCAAGAAGAAGCAUCAAAUAUUUUUAAGGAGGUUCCACCACCUCCAGCACCUGAGGCACCUGAGGUUCCCCCAUCAGCACCUCAUGCCAGCACCUCCUCCCAAGCUGAGCAACCAGGCUACUCUAUGAUUUUGGCUAGGUUGGAAAAGGUUGAAGGGCAACAAAGUGCCCUUAUUAAAGGUCAGUCCGAGAUCUUGGGUCAAUUGCAGAAGCUGAUGACAAUGAUGGAAUAUCUUAGUAGGCCAGCUCCAGAUCCACACCCUCAGUCCACUGAAGAAGGCCCUCAGUCUCCUGUAGAUGAAGACAUUCUCCCUAACGAUUACAGACCUGAUGAUGUAGAUGAUCACAUUUUUCGCACCCCAGAGGAUAUGAAAAUUACUGUAAUCGGAGAUACUGAAGAUUCUGAGUGGGACGCUAGUGGGUACGAUGGUGUAUACUACUGUAGUUUUUGCCAUAAAGGUACGAUGAUGCAUUUAGAUGUAGCAUUCCAUCUCAUGAGGAGGCGUCUAGAAUUUUAUCCUAACUUGUACCCUCAGAACUGUGUUUCUAUGCCUACAAUUUUUCCCGAAUCAUUGAAGGCUCGGUGGGACGCUUUUCCAGGUUCUGACUACUCUAGCUUUAGUUGGGAUGAUAGUAUAUUGGACCUGGUUAGGGGUGAUGCAGUCCAGUUCUUACCGAGUUGGCAGAACAAGGAGUUCAUUUAUUUUUCCCUCUUCUUGAAAGACCAAUUGCAUUGGGUAGCUGUAGAGGCAGACCUGAAUGGGUGGAUGCUCAACAUCUUUGACUCCAGUAUUGGAUCAAUUUCCGAAAACGAUUUGAUCAGCUUGAUGGUUGACUGGUGUUCCAUUUUCCCGUUGGUCUUGCGACAGUCCGGUUCAUUUGAGAACCAUGAAGUUAUACUCGCGCCUCAGUUGACAGCAUCAGAGAGCCAGGUCAAACCCUUCGAUUGGAAACUCACUCCACGUGAAUUCGUACCGCAAACAAAAUCCAGUGGCGAUUGCGGAUGUUACGUAAUUGAGCAUAUUGAACAUAAGCUUCUACAACUACCAUUUGAUAAUGUAAUUGACAAUAAUAUGAAAAUUUUUAGGCAAAGGUGGUGUGUAGACUUAUUCUACCAAAACUUAUGUUGAACGGUCUUAAUUUUUUUGAAUUGUAUAAUUUUUUUGAUUGCUCUUUUUGUAAUUACUACAUUUUAAUGUGUUUAA